GAUCCCACUAAAGUGCAAUCAUUGCAAGCGUGUAACCGAAGUGGUUGGUCGCCUAAUAAUACAUCUUGAGAUUUUGAAAGGAUUCUCUCAAAGAUUGUCUGUGUCAUAACCUGCUGGGGUACAUUAUUUCCUCCUGAUUUAAAGCUUUUGUGAAUAAGUGACCUACAUCGCCAUGAUCGCCAAGACGAAAAGAAAGAGCCUACGAAUGAAAGUGAAUAACUUGCUUGGAUUAUGCGCGUUAUAUACUGUACAUGCCGGUUUAGAUCAUUAUUGUUGAGCUGUAUUUGGUUUUGAGAAGGCACAAUUGCACAUGGAAUAUAUUGGAACAUAAAUACUUGAAAAAUAAGAUUACUUUGGUAUUUUGAGAUCGAUCCGGGUGAGAUUCGGGUGAGUUAAAAUCCGUCGUCUUUAAAGAACAAACAUCCGGAGCUGAACAGUACUGACAAGACGUCGAAUUUCAUAAGAAUGGAGGAAAAAGUCAACUUAAUUCAUCAAACAGUUCUGCAAGCUCGCUGUCUGUUCAUCGUUAAAUAUGAAUCUAUGCUUACAUGAAGUUCAAUUUCCCGGGUGCUCCUCAAUUUCUGCACAUUGCCAAGCAAUUAAACCUGAUGCUUUUAAAUAAACAAGUAUUCACUAUUUCUUUUGCAACGAAUCUCUUAGAAAUGGCUGGCAUAGGGAAUGGAAGCUUCACACAAUCACAUCAUAGAAAAUAGCUCUAAGAUCACAUCGAUCUCUAUCCAAUUAUGAAAAUUGAAUUAAAUUGGAUAUUCAUUCCUUCUCAUUAAUUCCAUCCCCGUAAAGUUCAAGCGUGAUAUCAUUACCAUAGCAACGGGAUAUAAUGUAUCACAUUCAUGGUGGAUCAUCCAAUUACAACUUCAUCAAUACCAGUGUAUAUCCAUGGAAUAAGAAAGACUGGAUUGAAAUUGAUUAGCCAGGGUGCAGGAUAGGCUCUCUCCACUGAGCCUCGUUGGUUGCUUGUUUCGGAUGAGCACUCUGUAUUCCGAAGUCAAAGCCAAUUAAGCAAAUUACAUUUUGGCACAAAUGUGAAGUCAUGAUAUAUUAAACAAAACCUAUAUGCUGAUGAAUCGGAGAGUUAUUUAGAAUUUAGCCAUCACAGGAGCGAAUAUAAAAAUGAUACUAUCUAUUAUUUGAGCUAUAUAUAAAAGGAAAUGAGAAAAUAUACAGGAAAAACUAUUCAUACUUUUACGGGUGGAAGAUGAGUAUCCGUUGCAAGAGAAUCAUGGAUAAUGGACUCGUAAGAUCAUAAAUCUUGAAUAUUUUGAAAGAAUACAAUUUUGUUUCAUUCGUUGAACGUGACCUUUUGAAGUGAAUAUGGAUGAAAUGCGAUCGACUGCUUCCACUUCGAGUGGGAGAUCGAUUGGGACGUCGAUGUCGAAGAAAAACCAACAGAAGCUCUCCUUGGAGAUCACCUGGAAGAGCCUCGAUCAGGAGCGUCAGCACUUCUUGAAGCUGAUGGCGCUGAACGAAAAACUCCUCCGGAACCGGCAGGAAAAGAGAGAUAACCGAAUAGCCCAUCUGCAGUCACAUCUUACCGCACCGCAGAUUGCCGAGUUGGAAACCAUCAGGAAAAAGAAGAAAGAACCGAAGAGGUUGACUGCAGCGGAAAGGAGCAGUCUUGAGGAAGCCGAUGUUGAAAGUCGGAGGGGCAUUGAUUCGCCAGACGGGGUAAGUGGCGGAAAAGAUGCUCCGUCUUGUAGAACAAUCCAAUCUUUAACUAAUGACACGCUCGGUGGAAGAUCGAGAUCCUUUUAUGGACACGAGCGGAUUACAGACAGUCGAGUGGCAUCUGACGGUAAAUGCGAUACCUCGUCGGAGGUUGUGAAUAACCCAAAAGAGAAAAGUGUAACUUUCUUGAAGGAAAGGACUUCUCAAAGUGCACCGAAGAUCAGACAUGUCAGAGGAAAGUCUUUCACCGAUACACCCUUAAGAACACACCCACCGACAAGGUCUUUGUUGAAACCUAAUAGAUCUGCAAUGACCAGGAGUACACCCAAUUUAGACCAGGUUGGUAUAAAACCUACAUUGAACAUGUCGACGGUUCCAUCUCGGAUGCGAGCUUCGUCCUCGUCGUCGUCGCCAUCCACGUUCUCUUGUCAUGAAGAAAGCAAACGAGAAAUGGAGAGAAGACGUUCCCGAAGUGUCGGCAGCUCCGAUCGCAGUAGGACACCUUUAUCCCCUGGACACCAGGCUAGCUCUAGUGUGUUCCGUGAUGCCAUGGAUGCCAUCAAAAAAGAACGAACGAGGACGGAUAUGAGAAACCUCAUGGUUAUUGAAAACGGGCUGCAAUUGAUGCACCUUCAGGGCCGCAAAGAUAAACUUAUAGCUGAAAUAGGAGAAAUGGUCAAACGCGAUCGGGACUUUGCUCAGAGACGGCAAGUCUUUCGCCCGCCCAGCGCGAAGAAGAAAGUCACGCUGACGUCGCUUACGCAGGCGGAACUCAUAAAUGCCGCAUCCCAGGGUGCCGACAUCAACGACCUCCGCAAGGAGAUACGACGUCGGAAGAACGAGCGUAUGAGGGAAAGAAUGAAGAUGGACAUACCUGCUGAUCAGCUGAAGAGGAAAGAUCACGAAACCGAAGAUGAAUACGCCAAGAGAAUCGAGAAAUGGUGGCGAGAUAUGAGGAAAGUCAGAUAUCUGAGACGGGCUUCGACGAAACAAGACUUAGGCGAUGUCGUCACACUGGCCAUGGCUCAGAAAAAUAAUGACAAUAUCUGGAGACAGAGCCUGAGAGAUAAUUUGUUUUAGUAAAUAUCCAUUAAUGGUCAGUGUUUAUUGGUUAUGUAAUCAUUAAUAUUUAUGACCGCUUGGUGUGGCACCAGUUGGUCUAGUAUCAGUGGGACCCGUUUCAUAAUUAUGUCAUCCAAUGGUAACUUUUUCGUAACCCUUGAUUUUGAUUGGCUGUUGAAUCACGUUACCAUAUUAGUUUAACAUCGCGAUAGAUCAACCCUACUUUGCUAAUAGUUUGGUAUCAACAUAAGUUGACCAGUACUGUUUGGUACUUCAUGCUGAAACUAAUAUGAUUCGAACAAAUUAAGUAAAAUCAGAAAAAAGAAAACACUGAAAAUUUCAUCAAAAUCGGACGAGGAAUAACAAAAUAUGACAUUUUGUCUCACCUGCAUAGCGGCGACGGUGGUGUCGUCAACAAUGAAAUCUUAGCAUGGUUAAGUUUUUUUUGUCAUCAUAAUUAUGGACCCAGUUCAUCAUAAUUAUUUGGACGUAAGGAUAAUCGAGUAUUAAUGAAAAUCCUGCCCGCGUUUCAGGUUACAUGAAAGCUCAUUUAGGGUCAAUGAACUUAGACCAUGUGUGGGGAAUCAACAUCGAAAUCUAAACCAAGGUUAAGUUUUCGAAAUGUCAUAACUUUGUAGUACAUUGAUCUAGUUUAUGAAAAAUAAACCUAAGAGUAAUGGUGUAUCACUAAACAUUUCGCCCGAGUUUCAUGUCACAAGUCAUGACUAAGGUCAAGGUCAUUUAGGGUCAAUGGAGUUUGGCCAUGUUGGGGGUAUUUGUUGAAUUGUCAUCGUAUAACUUUUAAAGUAUAUGGAUCUAGUUCAUGAAACUUGGACAUAAUAUUAAGAGUAAUCAGGUAACAUUAAACAUCCAUUUUUAGUUUCAGGUCUCAUGACCAAGGUCAAAGGUAAUUUUGGGUCAAUGAACUUUGACCACGUUGGGGUAUUUGUUGAAUUGCCGUCAUAACCUUGAAACUAUUUGAAUCUCGUUCAUGACACUUGGAUAUAUUAAGAGUAAUCAGGUAUCAUUGAACAUCCUUUGUGAAUUCCAAGUGACAUGACCAAGGACAAAUGUCAUUUAAGGUCAAUGAACAUAGUAUUUUAUUGUCAUAUGAAUAGUGUUUUUUGUGAUUUAUUAUUCAAUAGUUGUUCUCAAAGUCAGCAAUGCUGCUAUAUCAAAUCACGUAAUGGAUGAAAAUAUGAUAAUGAUGAUAAUAAUGAUUUCAUGUUAUAACAUCAGAAAAAGUGAUGGGGAUAUAGCUUCAUCAGCCCACCUAAGAAUAUUUAUGACGGCAUGCAUAUAAUUGUUUUCAUAAAAUAUUGCUUUAUUAUCCGAUUUUUGUGAUAUUUCAGCAUUUUGCUUGAUACAUUUAUUCUGUUUCUUAUAUGCAACCCAGCGUACCCCUUGACCUUGGGCCCAAUCAUUUUGAUUUGUCUCGGGUUUAUAUACAGUCCAUUGUUCCAUUUCUCCAUUACGUCAAAACUUCAAUGAAAAAUUUGUCUACAUGCAGUAGGCCUAUAUAUCUAUGAUUUUGGACGAUUGAUUAGAUGCCGUAACAGUUAGAUAUUAGCAUGAAAUCGGCACAACCGAGCUGAAAACUAUACGAUUUUUUUGCAGAUAUAUUAUGGGAUGAGUCCGCAGUUACGGAUCUACCGGAGGGGGGGGGGGUUAGGGGUUUAAACAAAGAAAUGUGAUUUUUUUUUUUCCUUUACAUUUUCAUGAUAAGAUUGCUUUGUAAAAAAAAAAUAAAACGGUAAAAAACACGUAACACAGAUUAACCGCCUUUCCCGUUCAUUGAUCUAUGUGAAAAUGCUUAUUUGUGUUACAACCAUUUACAUUGGUUAAUAUGAUAAUAUAUAUAUAUUUUUAUUUGCCGUGUAAUAUCAUAAGCGCAGAAUUAUGAUGAUAUCAAAUACAUUUUGUUGACUUCUAAAAUCAUUUAUCAUACGUGGAUCAUUGCUGUAACCCAACUUUCCAUUUUGAAAUGAAAAAUUUGUAUUAUUGUGAAAUAUAAUAUCAUAGUUUUGUAAUACUUCUAAAGUAAAAAUUUCGUUGAAAUAUUGUUUUAUACUCACAUUCUGAUUCAUAACAUCUUGUCAAACUUCCUUACAAAAUAUGCAAAGUGGACAAAAAAACAUAGACGGUUGCGUCUUCCGUCAUUAGCUACAAACUUAAUUGUCUGGUAUGAAAUUUAAUACAUGCGGUUAUGAUUUUUUUUUAUUAAGGUCGAACCGUCGCGACGGUUCGACCUUAAUAAAAAAAAAUCCAACAGUUUUUCCUCCGACGCGUCGGAGGAAAAACUGUUGGGCAAAAACUGUGAUGACAAAUUAGCUUUUUUACUGGCUUUGUCUGUACUAUGGUCUAUUUAUAGAUGCAGUAAAAGCAAAGCUCAUUUUUGUAAUCUCUUUCAUCUCCCCGUUAAAGCUAAUGAAUUUCAAGAGCAUUGUGGAUCGUAAUACAAUAAAAUUACCAAGGACGAGUCCUCCGUUUUAAUCAAAAUGCAUUGAACUUUUAAUGAAAAGCAUUUCAUGUAAUGGUGAUUCUUUAAGAUGAGAGAGAGAGGGGGUGGAUGGGCAUGAUGGAGAGUGGUAGAUAGAAAGAGAGAGGGAGGGAGAGAGAUGGGGAAGGGGCUGCAUGUCAGGCACUGCGACUGCUAGGAUAGCAGUAGGCCUAUCCGUCGGAAAUCAAUUAUUUAGAGAAAUUUAUAAUAUUUUAUUUCAUGUUCAUUGAUUCAUUUUUAUGUAUCUUUAUAUUCUACACCGACUACGGAGUCUUACUCCCACUUCAAUGGUAAAACUAUCAAAAUUCUAUUAUUUUAAUGACUAGCUUAUUGUCAAUAGGCCUAUCAAUAAAUUGUAUCAAUUUUUAAUGACAUUUUUUUUAUUUUGACAAGAAAAUAUUAAUUAUUUUAUUUGAAUUUCUAAUAAGUGUCGUUCUUACAAAGUAUCUAUUCAAAUUCGAGUGGGCGUAUAUUGUUUAGAAUGCAUUAGUCAUCAUAAAUUAUUAUAUUCAUCUGUUCCAAGACGUGUUUAUGUCAUUAAUUUACGAUCAUGACGUUUGCCAUUUUUUGUUUGAUGAUAAAUACAAAUAGUGACAUCAGUUUAAUAAUAACAUAAUUCAGUGUCUACAUUGUUAUCAUAUAAUGAUUAUAGAGAGCUAAAAUUUUAGUCUAUAACUUCUUCCAUCAGGUAUAUGGGCUUUCGAAAUAAAUUAUAUGCAUCAGUACAGUCUAUGCAAUUAGAUAUCUUGUAAUAUUCUAAGUUAUUUUCAAUUAUGAUUUGUCUCCUAUUAAAUUAUUUUCAAAGGAUA